CUUGUUUCACAUCUCCAAAUCCUCAGAGAAGCCCAGAGAGUAAGGAAAGCCAAAGUUGUUGGAUGGCUAGUGGAAGCAAAAAAACUUGCAAAGACAUGGAACAACCAGUACCACAUAUGCAGGCAGCUGAAACAGACAAUGAUGUAUAUUUUAUGACUGUUGCCCUUCUCUUUGCCAAGAAGAGCCCUGAUCCCAACACAAAGGUGGGUGCGUGCAUUGUUAACCAGGAGGGGAACAUUGUGGGUAUCGGCUAUAACAAAAUGCCCAAUCGCUGCAAUACCAGCUUUCCCUGGGAACGUAAAGGUGAUGAACUGGACACUAAAUAUCCAUACGUGUGCCAUGCAGAGCUGAACGCUGUGAUGAAUAAAACCUCAGUAGAUGUGAAGGGAUGCACUAUUUACGUCACUCUGUUUCCCUGUAAUCAGUGCGCCAAAAUCAUCAUCCAAUCGGGUAUUACUGGUGUGGUUUAUUUGACUAAUAAAUACAAAGAUGAACCGGACACACAAGCAGCAGACAAACUGCUCAAAGCAGCAGGUGUUGAACCCAGGCAAUUUCAGUUAAAGGAUAAACUCUCAGACUUGCUGCAUUCCAUCAAACCAGAGUGAACAACACUGAGACUGCACUGCUCACCGAUGAAAUAUUGAAUAUUACUUAUACUCUUAGCAUUCCUAAAAUAAAAAUUAUUUAGUAGGUGGUGAUGCGUAAAUCUGUUUAAAUACUGCAAUAUAAAUCAAACAUACAGUAGCCCUUUAACUUUAACUAAUGUUGCCUUAAUCAAACUCUAUUGAUUAAAUUCAAAAUAAUAAUAACUUGAUGUUAGUUUGAUCUAAAUGGGAAAUAUUAAAUAAACAAUAAUUAUCCACA